AUGACCUUGAUCUCCCUUCUUCUCGGACUGCUUUGUCUGGGAGCUGUGCGGGCGAUCAAUGUGCAGGAUAUUCCUGAGUGUGCGCAAGAAUGCCUCUCCAACUCAACCUCAGCGCAGACACAAUGUUCUGUCAUUGAUAUUGCUUGUCUUUGUUCCAACACAGCCUAUGUCAGUAGUUUGUCAUGCUGCUUGUACCAGAAAUGUUCGGAUGAUGAGCAAGCAACCGCCAUCCAGUUCAACAAGCAGGAGUGUGCUGCGGUUAAUGAAACGGCUCCGGAUUUCGUGGGAUGUUCUCCGGCUGGACUGUCCAGUGCCCUUGCUAGUGCGAGUGCACGAGGAAUUCCAGUGAUGACCAGCUCACCAAGUGCUUCAUCCACCACCACCACCACCAGUUCCUCCUCCUCGGUUGAUACCCGGUACUUCACCAUUACGGGAGACGUGGUUCCAGAGACCAUGGUGACCAUGGGUGGAAGAACAUCGACAGCAACAUUCGCAGGAAGGCCAUUGAUGACCGGUAGUUGCACAGUACCGUACUUUGCUGUUGUGGCAGGCGGCAAUGCAAUGGUGACCGAGUUUCCAGCCAUUGGCUGUUCCAACGAAAGAGUCGACUGCUGUCCAUUCAACCAAGGGGUAAAUGCAGGCUUGACCAGAUGUCCGCAGGACUAUUUUACCACCGCAAACGGUUGCUGUCCAAUUGGUUACCAGGUCUAUUACACAGCAAUUGGUGCGCAGACGCCAUGCUAUUCUGACCCGGCGACAAAAUUCAUACCAGCAUCCACGCCAACGGUAUCGGGCCUCACGUUGAUCACCGAUCAUGUAUUUUCGGAGAUGUAUAUGCUUGUGAAGCCUGGUUCCUCGCAUAGUUCACUGCCCCUCGGUGGCAAAAUCGGGAUCAUUAUCAACGCAGUUCUCUUUGUGGGAGUCAUCAUCGCCGUGUUCAUAUAUAUCCGGAGGCGGAGGGCCAAGGCAGCAGCUCAAGCUGCACGGUCAACGACAUUCCCACCGGAAGAGCCAGCGUUACAAAUGUCACAGGCGCCCAACACGCACGAGCUGGAUAGUCCGGAGGCGAAGGCUGGGUCUCCGGGAGCUGCGAAUCCGAACUGGCCGAUCUUCCCAGUAUCCUCGCCACCUGCAUACGAGCAAGCGAAGAAGAGGUCUCUCUCCAACAAGUUGAGCUCUCCCCAAGAGCUGCCCGGAAGCACUUACAUUCACGAGCAUCACCCGGCGUACUCGAGUCGCGGUACGCCUACAGAAACACGACCACCCUCACCGCCGAAGACUCCGGUCACAAGAGCCGAGAAGAAGUCGCCCGUCAUGUCUGCUAUCACGCCAAGGUCGGCGAAGUCGGGAAAUCAAAGUCCUCCAUUUGUAUCCCCGUUGGGGUCACCGAGGCUGCCUCAGUCGUCGCCUUGA